AUGUCAGAAGUAAUAGGGAAGGAUUCUCCACAGAGGAUCGACUCGGACACGAAUUCCAGCACUUACCAUGAAGGUAGUGGAUACCCUAAGGAGCAUAUAGACGAUAAUGAGAGCGAUGGCAAUAUUCCAAAAGACUUUGUAGGCCAGGACCUCGAAAGAAGUGGUGAAAGUGAAUACGAAAUGGCUAGAUACGAAACCGACGCGACUGCUUCUCGUACGGUCAGCAGAAGAAUGACGGGAGGAGAUCAAUUAUUAGAGGAAGCCGCAAAAUCAUCAGAACCAUUGCCAACGAUGGGAGGCGGAAGAGAUUACCCCCCUCCAUUGGCAGAUCGUUCACCAUAUGCUGUAUCUUAUGAGGGACCUGAUGACCCAGAAUUCCCCCAGAAUUGGCCGGUAUGGAAGAAAGUGAUGAUUUCCGGCACGGUCGGUCUUUGUGCGUUAUCCAUCUCCAUGGGUUCGGCUAUGUUUGCAGAAGCUGGCCCGGUAGUACUGGAAAUAUAUCAUGUUGGAAAUACUGUUGCCACUCUUGGAACAUCUUUGUUCGUCUUUGGAUUUGCUUCUGGACCUGUGAUAUGGGGUCCUUUAUCUGAAUUAUACGGCAGAAAACCAGUGAUGGUAUGUUCCUGCUUUGGUUAUAUGCUCUUCUGUUUUGCAGUUGCAACCGCCAAGGAUAUCCAGACUAUCAUGAUCUGUAGAUUCUUUGGAGGAUUCAUCGGUGCAGCACCGCUCGUGGUUGCGCCAGCUGCUAUGUCUGAUAUGUUCGGAGCUGCUACAAGAGGUGAAGCAAUGACAAUUUUCGCCAUGGUUUUGUUCGGUGGCCCCAUGUUAGCCCCAAUUCUUGGAGGUUUCAUAGUCAAGAACCCCGGAUUGGGCUGGAGAUGGACAUCAUAUUUCACAGGGUUAAUCGCCGCAUUGGGAUUAUUUUGCGUGGUGUUCUUCAUGGAAGAGUCUCAUCAUCCUUUGAUUUUGGUGAGAAAAGCAGAAGUCUUGAGACGUCGUACAGGUAAUUGGGGUAUUCAUGCUCCUCAUGAAGAAUUCAGCUUAAGUAUCAAGGAAAUUGUGGAGAAAAAUAUCAGCAGACCAUUGGUGAUGUUGUUCACAGAACCAAUCUUGUUCUUGAUCACACUUUAUAAUGCUUUCAUCUAUGGUAUUUUGUACCUUAUGUUGACAGCUAUACCCUUAAUUUUCAUCGGAAAGUAUCAUUUCAUACAAGGUGUCGGUGAGUUGCCAUAUUUAUCGAUGUUGAUUGGAGUUUUUGUCGGAGGUUUUAUUGCAAUCUUCUUCGAAAGACGUUUCGCCAGAAUCAUGAAGGCCAACAACAACAGGCCCAUCCCAGAAGAGAGACUUCCUCCUAUGAUGGUUGGAUCAUUUUUCUUCGCCGGUGGCUUGUUCUGGCUCGGAUGGGCUGGUGACUACGCUGAUAGAGUCCACUGGAUAGUACCUACUAUAGGUGCUUCCUUUAUCGGAUGUGGUUUGAUCAUGAUCUUCUUGCCAUGUCUUAAUUACAUCAUUGAUUGUUACCUUUUGUUUGCGGCAUCGGCACUUGCUGGAAAUGCAUUCCUUCGUUCAGCAUUUGGAGCAGCCUUCCCACUUUUUGCCCGUCAAAUGUUUGUUAACAUGCAAAUCAAAUGGGCUGCAACCUUGUUGGGUUGUUUCUCCCUCGUCUUGAUUCCUGUUCCUUUCUUGUUUUACAGGUAUGGUAAGGCAAUCAGAGAGAAAUCAAAAUACGCUUUCGUUUUAUAA